CAAUGUCACUUGAUUGCAAAUGGCCAUUUACGUUAUCGAAAAAAGAAUAAAUUGUCAAACUGACUCAAUUUUGAGCUUAAUACACAACAAACAUUUUAAAAGUCUGACUUUCAAAAGCAUUUUACUAUGGCAAACGAGGCCGAAGAAACGAUUCGUAAACUUAGCACGCAUAAAGGUGUAACUGGCGUAAUAGUUGUAAACGGCGAAGGUAUACCAAUCAAGACAACACUGGACGGCCAUGUCUCAGUACAAUACGCCGGACUCAUGGGUUCCCUCGUGGACAAAGCCAAGUCGGUCGUGAGAGACCUGGAUCCCACUAACGAGUUAACGUUCCUGAGAAUUCGGAGCAAGAGAAGCGAGAUCAUGGUGGCGCCAGAUAAAGACUUUAUUUUAAUCGUCGUUCAAAACCCUGUUGACUGACGAAGGCUUUGGCUUUUCAGCCAAUUGUAUUUUAUUUAGAUUCUCGGUUAGACUUUAACAGAAAGUGUUUAUUAGUAUAGCAAUUUAGUCUUAAUUAUUUAGGUUUUUUCUAAUCAUGAUUAGCAUAUUUUCUUGAUAAUUUAAUUUAAUUAAUUACUAUUAGGCGUUCACACACUAACGCCGGAAUCUUCCGCGGCGAGUUAAGAGGACGGCCGAUUCUCCAUACAAACGUAGUCCCCAUUUUCCUCUCUGGAUAUUGACAUUUUGGAAAAUAUUUUUACCUCAUUUGAUGUAUAAUAACCAUGGCUAUGCCCCUACGUUUGACUUUUUUCUAUUUUUGUAUUAUUAUAAAAAUUAAGAGCGAAACACAGAUUUCAUACAAAAUUUAACUCCUAUAAUAAUUAAAAAUUGGAAAAAAAAUCAAACGUGGAGGGCAUAGCUGUGGUUGAUAUACAACACAUUGUGCCGAAAUAUUUUCAAUAAUGUUAAUAUCCAGAGAGGAAAAUGAGGACUACGUGUGUAUGAAAAGGUGAUUUCGCGCGAGUGCUCCACUUCGUCUUAAGCGUCAUAUCCUCCUCGUCAGUCCUCAUUGUGUUUCACCGGGCAUGAAACAAAAAGAGUGGGGAUCGCUUUAUACGCUUCUGAACGCUUUAUAUCAUAAACACAAACAUCACUCAAACGCCAAGCUCCCGGACGCAAGCGAGCUAAUGUAAACCUUACUGAAAAGUGUGAAGGUUACUUUGACAGCGUCCGCCAUAACACCUAUAGUUGUCGCUGUGGGCAACACUAGUAACGACUUUAGAUGUUCUUGGUGUUUCCGUAGCGUGUUCUAAUUAGGAGAAAGUAGACAUUUUAUUUUGGCGCGAAAAUUUUUUUUUUCUACAAGGCAGGUUCUAAUUCCGUCACCCUCCCUACAAAGACCAAAAAAAUUUUCCUUCUACUUAAACAGAACACGAUACUGAAUAUGCCCUUAAAUGGAUCACCACUAUUUUUGUUACAUACUGUACACAACAUAAUUAAAUAACUGACUUUAACUCAUUGCAAUAAAGGUUACGAAUGGUCAGCUAAUUGCGUCAACAAUAGUUCUUGUAUUUAAAAUUUUAAAUAUGCUCACCGCGGUAGAUCAUGGUGUCAGUAUAUUUUUUCAUUGUUUCGGACGAAAUUAAAUCAGAACUGUAUUUUGGUGGUGUGGUUAGAAUUAUGAGCGACAAAAUUUUUAAAGUGUGACUAUUGUUUCAAUAAAUGUUUUACUGUCUC